AGUGUAUACAGUUUGUGCUAUAGUGUUGACAACCGGGUAUAAUAAGAGGAUUUUCAACUACUUUCAAAAAAUGGGUUAGUCUGCUACUGCCGUGACCUCGUAGUUCGUACACCAGUUUUAAAGUUUUAAGGCAUCAGAGAUCCGCGGGUUCGAUGUCUGUUCAGACCACAUAUACAGACAAAGGAAAAAAGCCAGAGCAAGGCAGAUUCGUUUCAUUCGACCAUUUAACGUUUUGGGUCUCCAACGCUAAACAGGCUGCCAGUUACUACGUUUCACGGUUCGGAUUCGAACCCGUAGCUUACGCCGGCUUGGAGACUGGUUCGAGACAAACGGCGUCAUACGUAGUACGACUCAAUAAGAUCACGUUCGUGUUGCAAGCUCAAUAUGACCCAGUGGAGACGUCUUUCAACAAGGAGGUAGCCAUCCACGGUGACUUCGUGAAGGACAUAGCAUUCGAAGUGGAGAAUUUGGACUACAUAGUGGAAUAUGCGAAGAAACAGGGAGCGGUCGUGGUGAAAGACAUUUGGGAGGCAAAGGACGAAUUUGGCUCUGUCCGGAUGGCUGUUUUGAAAACUUACGGAGACAAUACUCACACACUAGUGGACAGAUCAAAAUAUAAGGGAGCAUUCCUACCGGGAUACCAAUCACUACAAACCGAUCCUAUCAGUAAACAUUUGCCUAAAGUAGAGAUAAAUUUCAUUGACCAUGUAGUGGCGAAUCAGCCAGACAAUCAGAUGGAACCGGUUGGAUCGUGGUACGAACGUUGCCUGCAAUUCCACAGAUUCUGGUCAGUGGACGACUCACAAAUAUUUACUGAAUACUCUUCACUACGGUCUUUGGUGAUGGCUAAUUGGGAAGAGAAUGUUAAAUUACCCAUCAACGAACCCGCCGAAGGCAAGAAGAAAAGUCAGAUUCAAGAGUACGUGGAGUACCACGGUGGGCCAGGAGUGCAACACAUAGCUAUCAACACUGAAGACAUUAUCACUACUAUUAAAAAUUUGAGAGAACGCGGAGUGGAGUUCCUGACAAUACCUUCUGUGUACUACAAAAUAAUAAGAGAGAAGCUCCAACACAGCAAAGUACGAGUAGCUGAAAGCAUAGAUGAAUUAGAACGUCUACACAUACUUAUAGAUUAUGACGACAACGGCUACCUCCUCCAGAUAUUCACGAAGAACACUCAAGAUAGGCCCACUCUGUUCUUAGAAGUUAUACAGAGGAGGAACCAUAACGGCUUCGGUGCUGGUAACUUCAAAACUCUGUUCGAAUCCAUAGAAUUGGAGCAAGCAAAACGUGGCAACUUAUAAAAUAUCCUACAUAUUUACUCUCAGCUAAAAUAACAACUUAACGUCUUUCGUUUGCUCAGAAAUUCAGAAUAAUUCAUUUUCUUUGAAUUUAUAGGCAUGUAAAAUACAGUUACAAAAAUUGUCCAACUCUAUUUGAUUUUGAUUUGAUCGACUAUGGAAAUUUGACAUAUUUGCUGCUGUGUGUAUUUACGUAACCUGGGUUGCUGCUGUGUGUACCAACUGAAUACAUAAAGUAUUCAAUACCAGCAUAACAUUUAUGCGAAAAAAAUGGCAAAAAAAAAUAUUGAUGACAUUGAGAUUUCUUAAGCUAGUGUCCACUAGAUACAGGAGUUGACUCGUGCAAGCGACAUCUAAUGUAACUCUCACGCAAAUACACUUUGCAAGUUUUGGUAACCGACACCAUUCUACUAGACCCGCACGUAUGUCCGAUAGAAAAAUUGCACUCUAUGGAUUCGUUACUGACUUCUAUAAGAAAUUGCAGUCACUUGCCUGCCAACGGACAUGUACAAUAAAUGGCACAUCACAUUAAUCUAACUGACAAAUCCUAUUUAAUUAUAAACCUUAUUGCGUUGAAAUUAAAAAGAAAAUGAAGUGUGGAUAUAUGCCAUUUUGUAUUGACCUUAACUAAAAUACUAAAUAAUUAGUGAAAUCUUUCUUAUUAGAGAUUUUUAUAUUGUCAUUGUAUUUAUUUAAUCUUUCAUCUUUUCUAACGAACAAUAUUAUUCUAAUUUAGUAUACUAUUUAUAUUGUCAGUUGUUAAGCUAAAUUUGUUAA